UCAUUUUUUAAUUUUUUAUGUUGUAAUUUACAAUCGAAUAAGUGCGAGUUUAACGUUGGAUAUUCGAUAAAUAACUAGCACAACACACCAUGACAUGUCAACAAUGCAAUUCCAUUAAGUUUUAUUAUCCCACCGACACUCAAUCGAUGAAAUAAAUUACUAUUUUCAAUUUACUCGCACCCCAUCGCACCAAUACGAGUGCAAAAAAAAAUUUGUGAUAGAAGAAAUACGUGAAAUUGAUGGUGUGAGCAUUGUCAGGACAACACCAAGUGCAACACCAAGACCAUCAUCAAGUGAAACAUAAAAAUUAUGGAGUCAUGAUGAAGUGAAAUGGAAUUGUGACUCGAUAAAAUUAAGUUCACUCGCUAAUUUCGAAUUUUUAAAUUGUUUAUCUGCUUUUGGAAUACGGUAACAUGGGGUCCAUCGUCCAGAAAGUCGAAAGAAAGUGGGAACUCUUCAGGGCCAGUAAUUACUUGUCCCUGAUGGGGCCCUGCUUCACAUUACUGAAGAUUCAUGGACUCUUUCCUUAUAAAUAUAACAACAAAGGUAUCAUAGUGUCAUCAAGACCUGGAUGGAUCUACGCUACAGUGAUUUCCAUGCUCUGUCUGAUUGUCAUUGGUGUUAUUCUCUACAUGAUGGACAUCUCCAAGACUCUGGCAUUCGAUUCAGUACCUGGAACACUUCAGGGUAACUGCUACAUGCUCCUGGCAGAGUGGAUAGCGAUGAUAUCGUAUGUCCUGAGCUCCAAGAGGAUGAGACUCCUGCGUGACAUUGGGAAUGUCACUUCCAGCCUGUCAACAACGUCAUUCAGACAGCUAUCGAGGAUUAUUCAUGGAAAGGAUAUCAUCGGUUUUCUGUUUCUCAUGGCCCAGGCAACGAAUCUGUACUCAUCGAGGUUUGAUCUCACCCUCAGCAAGAUCAUCAACAUGUACGCGACACUCGUGGUGUUCCUGAUGGAUAUGCUGUAUGCUGAUUGUGUUCUUGUCAUCGGUGAGUGCUUCAAGAACAUCAAUGAUAAAUUACUGGUACUCAAGACGAAUAUGGAGAGGGAUGAGCCACAUCUGCUGAGACGUGUCUUUCAUGAAAAACGUAAUCCCAUGAUCUUGAUGGAGAUACGGGGCAUCAAGAGCCAGCACAAUGAUGUCAGUGAGCUUGUUCAUAGUCUCAAUCAGACGUUUAGUCUUCAGUUGGUGGCGACUGUUACGUUGACGUUCGCUGAAGUGACGUUCUCGUUGUAUUUUUAUAUUCUUCAACGACUUGGAAAGACUGGAAUCAAUCUGGAGAAGCAGAUAUGGUACUCGUAUUUCAGUACUUCAGUUACUUAUUAUGCCUGGAAAUUAGCUGCUGUCGUGUGGGCAUGUGAAGUUGCCAAGGAUCAGGCUGUCAAGACUGGGAUUAUUGUUCACGAAGUGCUGAUUGAUACAGUUGAUAAGCAGGUGAAGGAGGAGUUGCAGUUAUUUUCGUUACAAGUUCUUCAUCGGGAUAAUACGUUCACAGCUCGUGGCCUCUCCCUUGACGCAACACUCUUGACAUCGAUCGUUGGGGGAAUUACCACGUAUCUACUUAUCCUCAUUCAAUUUAUGGUGUCUUCAAAGUCGUGUGGCUCGGCGAUGGAUCCAACAUCACCACCACGUCCAUGAUUUUUCGAUAGAAUUGCCUCCAGUGCUGAUUGUUUAAUUUAUUUUUAUGGAGCUCUAAUAGUCUUGAUGAUCAGCAAUAGCUCAGAAAGUUGAUGAUAAAUUUAUGUUUCAUUAGAAAUUGGUGGAAUGCACGUGGUGAAUACAUGCGAUUGUCAGACACCAGUUGUUUCGAUGACGCCAGACUUCACUUGGAGAUGUUUAUCAGUGAUUUUGUUAUCGUCUGUAGUCUGACAAAAUAAAAAAAAUUCAUGCGAAUCUGCAGUGGUAUUUUUGGUGUUGACUUUGUUGAUCGGUUGAAUAUUAUUCAGAGGUUGAUUGGUCUGAUUUAAUUAGCUGUUUCACUGAUUUACGAUGCGAUAUGUCAAUAGAUUUAACAUAAAUAUUUCGAAUAACUGUUGGAAAUAUCUCAGGGGAAAAAAAUUAAAAUUCGAAUCAGUGGGAAUCGCGUGAUAAUUAUAAUUGCGUUGUAAUGAUUAAUUAAUUUAUUUAUUGUCGGUGGACAGGUGAUGAGUGUAUGUACCAUCAGGUGUUUUAGUUAUAAAAAAUGUGAAUGAAUAAUGAAA